AAGAAGCAGAAAAGAAUCACUUCGGUGGAAAUACGUGGUCGUUGCCACUGCCAGCCUCCCUCUAGAAAAAAUUUCCUUCUAUGAUUGCGUCAGUGGUCUUGGGUAUCAUGUGUUUACGUCUGCUCCUCGAUAUCUUUUUUAGCGCUCGGCAGCUCCUAAACGCCAAGUGUUUGGUUGUACAGAAGACGAAGUGAAGCUAUGAAGCCUGCUCGGAGCUGGGCUUUUUCGUCUGGGCACAGGUGCAGCCUAGCGUGGCGAUGUCCUCAACAUCCACGUGAAGAUGCGACACACGGAACACCAUGACAACUCGCCAUGCUUCCAUGCGCUCACUGACGCAGCAUGCAGGACCCGCACAAGGCGCACUACGGCAUCUCGCAGACAAGUCGCUUGGUGCUGGCCGUCGCAUUUCUGUGCUUCGCCGCGGGAGGCACCUUCGCAGUGGUUGGCGUCGCGUCGCAUAAGCAGUCCAGAACUAUAGGCGGAUUGUGCGCCAUGGGCCUGGGAGUUGCCAUCUACACCAUCACCGUCAUGUUCACUAACGUCACUGGGCCGCCGUCUGGCUUCGACCUCAAGGACUUUGAGUCGAUCGAAAAGAUCAAGCCGGCCACCUUUCAACCAAACUUGCACUCCAAGUUGGCGCUCACGCUCGCCUUCGGCCUUUUCGUCGCAGGCUGCAUCAUGGUGGUGCUAGGCUUCAACUUCGACAUCAUGUACCUGUGGAUACCUGGCUAUUCCAUGUCUGUGAUCGCUUUCAUCGUCUACACAGCAGUCAUCCUGUACGGGCCGAUGACCAUCAAGCCGGGCGCCAUCGUAGUUGCGUUCCCCGACGACGCCGUGCCGAAGAAGCAGCAGACUGUGUUGACAGCUGCUUACACGCGCGGUGCUCCGAAAUCCGCAACGGAAAUUCGGUCUCCACGGACUAGAGGCGUCGGGACGGCGGAUGUUACCGAAUACGACGAAGGCGACGCACGGGGCUUCCAGGGAUUCAAGAGGUACCAGCACUGCGCCCGAGGUUACACGCCUGCGGAACCACGUGAAAAUAACGUGAACUAGUUAAGAGGGCAAUCAACGAGGUACUCAAGUACCCUGUUCGAUACGCCUGUCUUUGAACAAACGACGAUGAGAGCCUGAGAAGGCUGAAAGAUCAGCCACCGACUGGGGACUCUGCGCUGCCUGGGCGAAGGCUUGAUGGAUACCGAAAAGAACUUCUGGAGAUCUACCAACUGUAUGCAAUGUUGGCUAAUCUUCAGCAGUAACUAUGCAAUGGGUUGGAAUAACACGGCGAAAUGUUGCGCCAAGCGCAGAAAAGAAAGCUAAAUGAGCAGCAAUAUCCUGGAAGGUUUUCCUGGAACGACCUACGAUUCUGGAGGGCGCCAGGAACUUUCACUCUCUCUUGUGGCUGCUCGGUGUUGUUCGAAUGAUGUCAGCGCAGGUUAUUGUUCAGGGACAAGUCUGUUGUUAUAUAUUCAAGGUAUCUAUGGUACUUCAGGUUACAAAAAACUGCAGCAUGACAAAUUACGGUGCAACUUGACGCUACCCGCACAAGUGCCUGUUGCGAGCGGUUUUGGGGGGUGUUUCUGCCCAUGAACAAACUAACUCUAUUUCGUGUUCCAGUUUUUUUAAAACCUUAGCCAUAAAAAUGCAUUGUGUAAAUAUUUAUCAUUCCCUACAUAAAGCGGGGUGUCAUUGUCUAAAA